AUGGAGUUUAAUCUUCAAUUCUACUUCAAUGAUUUUGACGUUGACAAAGAUUACAAGGUUCAGUUUGAUGAUUUGAAUGGUAAGCUAGGCUCGAUUAUUGAUUUGUUGGCACACGAUCCACAAUCUAUUGCAACUGAUACUGAGUUGCUUGAGGAUGUGAUAGAAAUUACAAAUGGGUUCAAGACUCUUGAACCGAAACAACAAAAACAGCUAUCGUAUCUGCUAAUAUCUUCAUUUAAUACAAUUGGACAACAGGUGCAGCAGGCGUUGAGAGAUGACGAUUUUCAAGAUAAUUUGGAGUUCAUGAAGACUGUUAUGGAGAGGUAUGGUUAUUUGAUUUUUGUCCUUUUAAAGCAUUUGGGGAACGAAGACUUUCUGCAAAUUAGUGCCGCUAGAUCUCAAAAACGGGUGUCAAAGGAACUCUUGGCCAAAUGGAGAUCCAACUGUACCGAGGUUGAAAACGCGUUGAUCACAAUCAGAACAAUCAUGAACAUUGAUUUGGAGAAAAUCUUUCUAACAACGCCUGAAAAGGACUCUUAUAUAGAGCUUUUCUCAAGACCGAUGAUCAAUUUGAUGGAAAGUCACGAAAGAAUGAAAAUUGUUGGAAUCAAAAUGGUUAUGUUUGAGGUUUUGGCCUUGGCAGUUACAAAACAUGCUCAUGGAAAGAUAAUACAACACUCCAUCAUUCAAUGUCUAACGUAUUAUGCACAUCUCCCGCCAUUUAUGGCCUCGUUUCUCAAUCUUUUGUCAGAAAAGUACGAUCAUGUGCAUUUAACCGAAGCGAUUUUGCGAGAGAUUGCACAAACAAACUUCAACUCCAACGAUACCAAUGGACCUAAAGCUAUAUCUGCAUUUUUGGUUAAACUUUCCGAGUUGAAUCCAAUCCAAAUCUUGAGACAAAUGACGAGUCUCUCGCAGUUACUAGCGAACACAAAUACAACAUUGAGAUGCGCCGUAGUGGAAACAUGUGGUAAUGUGGUUGUUGAUCUAAUAAAAAAUGCCAAUCGGAGCGAUGCAGACGAGGAUAUACAUCGUGCAAAUCAGCAGGUGGAAAAAUUACUAAAUUUGUUAGCGGAGAGGUUUCUUGAUCAAAGUACAUUUGUUAGAGCUAAGGCUAUACAGGCUUUCACGAGGGUAGCAGAUUUGAAGUACAAAUUGACCGAACAACGACAAAAGAUGAUAGGACUUGCGGCAAAUUCUUUAGACGACAAAAGCACUUUGGUACGACGCAAUGCAAUCAAACUCAUGGGUAAGCUCAUUUUGAAUCAUCAGUUUCAAGGUGUGCAUGGGACCCAGCUUACCCUCGAAUUUUGGGAAACACGAUUGGCGGAGGCAGAGAAUAAUUUAGUCAAGUAUAUGCCAUUAGCGCAGGUAAAAAAAGGUAGUAAUGACAUAGAAGAAGAGGAAGAGGAGAAUAUUCCCGUACGUGACUCCGACUCUGGUUCCGACUCCGACUCGGGCUCUGGAUCAGACUCUGGUUCCGAUUCUGACUCCGACUCUGGCUCUGACAAAUCAAUGGAAGUGCCAGAAACAAAAAAGGAGCUUGGUAAUAAUGACGAUCAACAGAAUGAUAACAACAAAUGCGAUGAAAAUGAUCGUAUGGAAACUGAUGAACAAGAUGCAACAAACAUUAAUGACAACCUACCCGACUCAACUACUCUAGCCCGAGCCAAACUCAAGUUUGAUUUUUAUAAAGAUGCAGUGGACUUUAUAAAAAGUGUUGAAAAGGGCACAGAUAAGGUGUGCCUGCUUCUAUUUUCUAAAAAUAGAAACGAAGCAAUAGACUCAAUGGACUUUCUCGUGCUUGCUGACGCUUAUGGGAUUAGAAAUGCUGGCAUUGGAAUUCGAAAAAUGCUUCAUUUGGUGUGGAUUAAAGGAACUUCGGAGGAAGGUAAAUCGGUGUCUGCCCAUUUGGUUGAUUGUUAUAAAACCCUUUUCUUGUUGGCACCAGAGGGCACACCAGCAGAGAAGUCGGCUUAUAUUGCUAAAAAUUUACUAAGCUUGACUUGCGAUGCAUCUAUAGCAGAUUUAGCUUCUUUGGAAAAGCUACUAUGUAUGAUGUACACUAUGCAUAUGAUAAACAGUGAGGUCGUUAAAGUAUUGUGGCAAGUGUUUAGAGCUGUUGAUAUGGAAGAGAACAAAGAAGUGCAAGAGAAAAGAAGAGCAGCAAUUAUAGUGCUAGGCAUGCUUGGCAACGAGGAUCCGAAAGUUGUUUUUCAAGGUUUAUCCUUCUUAUUGAAUAUUGGCUUGGGUGAUGUAGGCCAAAAGGAUUUAGUUCUUUGUCGUUACUCGUGUAUUGCCCUACAAAAGCUACAUUCUAGACAACUUGCAACUUCCACCACCGCGGAGUUUGGGUUAGAAGAAGAGGCUACUGAAAAACUUGGAAAUGUAAUACUUUACUAUAGCGAUGAUUCGGAGUGGUUCACUGUUGCAGAGCAAGCAAUCAAUGGUAUCUUUCAGAUAUCCUCCGAUCCAAUAAAUAUCUGUUCCAGGUUGGUUCAAAAAAAGUCUGACAGUGUCUUUAAGUCUAAAUCUCAGCAUGGACGCAAAGCUGUGGCAUUAUCGCAAUUGCUUUUCAUUAUAGGACAUGUUGCAAUUAAGACUAUUGUAUAUCUUGAAACUAUGGAAGCUCAAUUCAAGAAAAAAAAGCAAGCUGCUGAAAGCAGCAGCAGCAAGAAUCAAGCAGAAAAAGAUUCUACUGGCGAUAAGGAGCUCGAGAUGAUUGGAGGUACGUCUGAGGAUGACUUUGCCGAUGCCGUGAUACACGUCAAGGAAAGAGAGAUCCUUUUUGGAGAGCAAUCACUACUUACGGGAUUUGGGUCCUUGGUCAAACAUAUUUGCUCUUCUCCACUAAAGUACAAGAACACUCAGCUUCAGCGACAUGCCGUUCUAUGUCUUGUUAAGCUAAUGUGUGUUUCUUCAAUAUAUUGUGAAGACAACCUACCGCUAUUGCUAAAUAUUAUGGAAAAUUCAAAGGAUCCAAUUAUUAGGUGCAAUUGUAUUUUAGGCCUUGGGGACUUGGCUGUGAGCUUCAAUCGGUUGAUAGAUGAAAACACGGAUUUUAUAUAUCGACGCCUUACUGAUGAAAACAUUAUGGUGCAAAGAACUUGUUUGAUGACAGUGACUUUUCUAAUUCUAGCUGGGCAAGUUAAAGUGAAGGGACAACUAUCAUCAAUGGCCAAGUGUUUGGAACAUUCCGAUCAAAGUAUAAGCGACAUGUGUCGUUUGUUCUUUGCUGAGUUGGCUACAAAGGAUAAUGCGAUUUACAAUGGAUUUAUUGACAUUUUCAGUGGAUUGUCAUUUGAUGCAACCUUGAGCAAGGAUGCUUUUAAACGAAUCUUGAAAUUUUUGAUUGGAUUCGUUGAUAAAGAACGGCAUCAGAAACAAUUGAGUGAAAAGUUACUCGCAAGAUUGGCAAGGGCCAAAGAUGAAGAGGAAUGGAAGGAUAUUGCCUAUGCUUUGGAAACAAUUCCAUUUACCAAUGAUACAAUUACUACUGUUCUUAAGGACGGAUACCAAGUCGUACUGGCUAAGGAUUAG